UUCGCUGCAAGCAAGACAGCCGGGAUUUGUUAUUUUUCUUCCAACAUAAUAUGGAGGUGGCACCUUGUGCCCAGGAAGUUGGUAGACAUGCAGCAUUACUGUUGGCUUAUCUGAACUUGCAGAGAAAACAAGGCCAGUUUUGUGACCUUGUGCUCAGACCGGGACAGAACGCAGGUCAACUUUACCCUGCACACAGAUGUGUGCUGGCAGCCUCUAGUCCAGUGUUGGCAUCUGUCUUGUCCUCUGCUGGCGCUUUGGUGGAGCUGCAGGCCAAAUGUCUCUCUGACUCUGUAUUAACACCUCUUUUGGACUAUAUUUACACAGGGGAUUUGCCCUACAGUUACAGCCAGCAACAGUAUUAUAGUCUGCUCACAGCUGCCUGCUACCUGCAGAUGGAUGAACUACAAAACGCUCUGAGGGCUCAACAGCAGACUGAGGUUUGUGCUGCAAAUGGCGCAGAGGCUUCUGCUGAAGGUGAAAAGAAUUCUUAUAGGACAACUGUGAACACCUCCCCUUAUAUGCCAUCAACAUGCAGCAUUUUUACCUUUAGAAAACCUGAAGAAAUGGACAACUUCAGUGAACAAAAUAUGACAACUUCACCAGAGAGAGAUAUUCAGUAUCAGGAUUCAAACAAUGUGGAACCGUUUAGUGAAAGUCAGAUGCACUCAGCUGCUAUGGAUUGCAGUACUGAUGAAGUAGAAAUGGAUACAGGUAGAAAUAGCAGAGACCACUACAGUGGAAGGGAUGUAAGGACUUUAAGCAAUCCAAGUGUCCCCUGUGGUAUACUUGAAAGAACUGAAAGGAGCACAAAUGCAGGACAUGCCAGACAAGCAACUUAUCUAACGCCACAGCAUUUGACUCUAAAUGUCGCUAGCAUUGCUGAAGUGCAUCACACGUCUAAAGUGGACAAAGAGGUGGAAAACGAUCGGCUUAAUCCAGCUGGCAUCUGGCAAAGGUACACAGAUGACACUCUGGUGAGGACAGCUGAAAAUAGGAAGAGCUCAUCCUCAUCCCCACAUUCAUAUUGUGGGGCAGUACCUGUCAUCUGUCACAGCAGCAGAGCAGCUAUCCCCCAGCUGGCAGAUGUGUCUCCUGUGUCUCCUUUCCAUUCAGCCCUCCAGGAUUCAAGCAAUUCCAGCAGGUCUCCAGUCUCUUGCUCAGCAAGCAUAGAAAAUGACAGCACUGUUGAAGAAAAAUACACACAAUCUUAGAGAAGAUUCAGUGCUGCAGAGUAAGGACUGGAG